CAACUAUAGUGUUGUUAUUGGAUUUCAGGAUGAUGCUGAUACGAACUUUGAAAAUUACGUUACCGUCCUUGGGAUGACGUCUGGAACUGUUAGUAUCAACGAGCUGACUAUCCCACAGCUUCAAGAUCUUGUACGGCAAUUUGAGCAAAAAAUUCAGUUUAUAUCUGCUUCUAUACAACAACUCAAGUCUCUCCAGGCUCAGUUUGUUGCCUCCAAAAGUUGUCUGGGCGAGCUUACCACAGAAAAAGAAAAUAAAGAUAUUCUUGUCCCUUUAACUUCAACCUUGUGUGUUCCUGGGAAACUUUCUGAUCCUUCACAUGUGCUUGUAGAUAUUGGUACUGGUUACUAUGUUGAAAUGACCGUUCCAGAAGCUGAAAGUCACUUUUCCCGUCGAGUAGAAUAUAUCAAUAAACAAAUAAGGAAGAUUUUGCCUGUUCUGGAGGAGAAAACACAGGCACAUAAAUCUAUUUCAGACGUUCUGGAUGCUAAAAUUCAAGAGUUUAUCAAAGUCCGGUCAGCGGCGUGUUCUUGAAUAUUUGACGUAUGCUUUCAGGUUCCUUUUUUAAGGAUCCAUUCGCCUUACUGGUUUCUUGUAUUUACAAUGAACAUUCAUGCCUAGUUGUGUAUUCUGUUAUUGAAAACUCAGAAUGUGUUUUUUGGUCCGGGACAUUGUGUCUCCCAACAAUGUCAAUAUGUGAAAAACCAAAAAUCUUGUAAAUACAUGUUCUGGUGUUCUGCCUAAUAUGGUUUUUGUGCUAACUACCAAUAUGUUGGCUGAAGGCUUUUGAACGAUCUUAGUUUAAUCCCUGAGUAGAGUGUGUAUAAAUUGGAUACUGGUAAAGUUAAUUAUGUCCAUUAGAAGUGUUCUAAGUGAGUAUAUUGCGCUAAAUCAUGCGCCUACGUGUCAUAUCUCUUGGAAGACUCCAUGUAUGAUUGCUCACUAGUUUCAGUUUCUACAAUGUUCACUUUAUGAAAACCUAAGAUCCUUUUUUUCUCAGUGUCUGGUACAUAUGUAAAUAUUAGUAAUCAGAAUUGAUAGCUCUAUGCAUGUCUUCAUACUUUUCUAACGAAAUACAAACCUAAAAUUUAUUCGGAAUGGGUUUUAAUUCGGACUCACGAUUAUUUCGUUGUCUUGACCCAAAAUAAUUCUGGUUAUAUAUGUUCCCAACUCCAACUUAUUUAAGUGUGUUUUUUCGACUUUUCAACGCGUUUCAUAUAUAUUAUAUUGUUUGAGGAUUCAAAAUGUCAAAUAUUAUCUAGGUAAUCCGAACGUAAUUGAGCACAAAUGCCUUUUUCAAGUACUUGAGCUUUCUCAAAAAACAAUCAUCCGUGGAGUUUUUCACACUAGCUACGUAGAACAUUGACUUUCAGGUUAGGCUUUAUCUGUUUUGCUUACUCUCAAACUGUGGUAAGUUGUUAGCAAUAAGUUUAAGUCUUUUUUGAAUACUUUAUUUGUGUGCUGUGGAUCUAAAUGUAUGCAUAGCAGAUCAUUUACGACUAACGUAUACGUCUUUGUGAUUAAUUUCAUCAGAGCGGAUCCAUGCAAAGCGAACACUCAGGUUACAUCAGACAAUUAGCCAUCUUGUUUGGUGUAUGAGACAUUCCCACAGUUAAAAGUACGAACUAACCCUUAAAUAUCCGGCUCGUUAAAGUAGUAAUAGCCAAAGUUUUUCUGAGGAAUGCAGGUUCUUCAAUGCAUUUAGUACUCCGUAUCUUAUGCAUUCGGUGACAUAAAAAGUGAAUAAGAUUCCUCCAUUUAAUGUAACCCAGCUAUGAAAGUUGUUCAGCUGGCAGUUCCAUGUUUGUUUCCUGUAGAUUGACCUUUUUAAGGAGUCACCACUCUUCGUUGUCGUACAUACGACAAGAAAAAAGAUUGAAUGACCUAGCUCAUCUUCUAACAUGAAAUAUAUUAAAGGAUAGCAUGUGUAAAUGGAAUUUAUAUUAUCUACUAAUUCAACAUUUUCGUCACGAAUGACCAUUGUGUGGUCUAUGUAUCUUUAUGCAUAAAUUAAACUAAUUAGUGGUCAAACUGUGUUGGUUGCUUUCCAGCUUUGACAUAAAAACGUCUAUAAUUCUGAAUGGUUAAAAGUUAGCGAUAAAUUAGUUGCAAAUCGAGAUCAUUCCAUUGUACAAUGCGGUGAUUUUACCAUUCGGUUUAUCGAAAAUAAUUUCCUACAUAGUAGUAGAAGUGUUGAAAUGUUUCAACUAUACAAGUCUUAUCUACUUUUUCAUGUACUUAUUGACUUUUAUUAGCUGUAAGCGAUUCAAUCUCAGGAUAGGGAACCCGCCAUAGAAAAUUUCGGGGAAAUGACACUAAACCUUAGAUUUUCCACAAGUUUGCGUAAAUUCCCAAUAAUCUUAAAACACUUGAGAAAACCGGUAUGCGUUCUGUGGCCAAACAAUUUUUUUCGCAUUUUCGGGACAUUUCGCGAACCCCAAAAUUACUGAUUGUACAGAAAAGUCUAUCGACUUCAUAACAAGUAUCUAAAACUUCGUAUCAAUUCAAUUAUUUUGCUUCAGUCAACUUCGCAAAGUGAAAGCAGUUCCAAAGCAAUUGAAUGACUAUUUGUAACAAGAACCAGUCUGUCACGAUAGAUACGUACUGUCGUUGUUAAAAGACUGAUGCGUUAUAAAUAAAAUUAAAAUUUAAAGGAGUGCAAGUCGUCCAUUAGUAAUUAACGUCUUUGGAUUCUGAAUAACGGUUAUAGCUUUCCUGUUUCGUACAUCAAAUUAAUGUUAAAAUUUCAUUCGCAGUAUUCUAACAAAUAGAAACAAAGAUACCUUUCUGCCCAAACUCUUUAUUUCCGGAUUAUUUCCAAAUGCAAUGAUAAGUCGCAGCUUUCUCCAAAGUUUCAAGAGAUUUUGAGGGAAAAACCGCAGACGAAUGGUCGUGUUUAUAAUUUUCUCAAUGUUUGGGUAAAAUCAGUGUCGCGUAGUUUUCAGAACAAACAUUUAAUAAUCAGUGUACUGUUUAAGCCUCUUACGACGAAAUUACAAUCAAUCACAACAAUUAUUUUUAUUAUUAUAAUGAAGUUCAGUUAGCAUAACAAUGCUAACUUUUAGAUCUUGUUUUAGUAAGUCAAAUAGACACGAGACAAAAAGGCAUCGGUCCCACAUCCCUUUUUCAAGUCUGACGCCAUGCAGGUGAGCUGUUUAUACUGCCAGAUUUUGAUUACUGCUUCUGUCCAUCCUGACUACAGUUAAUUGUUUCUUUUAGACUAAUUAUGUAGAAAGUAAUAAAAGGGAUGAGACGGACGACAGCCAACAGACUGUCAAACUUGAUGAACUGCCCUCAAUCGGCCUUUUACAGAAGACUGAGUAAGUUAAGAGCCGAGUUUUAGAAAUAUCAGUUAACAACCAUUAACAAUGAAAUAUGCAGUUCAUUCGAUGUAGAAGAAGUAGGAAACGCUGUAGCUACAGAGCAGUUUAACAUUAUUGUACAAAAAUCGGCUAUUGUCACUUUUAGUUACGUUUCUGGACACAGGAGUGUACUGUUCUGUUGAACUGAAAUCAAAUUUGCUGAGGACUUGCGAUAUUCGGCUAUGCAAAAUCAAUCUGAGGGAACUGAAAAUGCAACUCAACUAUGACGGCCGAUAUUUGUUAAAAAGCUCUAACCAACAGUUGCGGCCAAUCCUAGUGAACUAUCCAUAGUUGGUAUCUAUGGUGGUGGAAGUAAAAUCAUCCGAUUUCAACGAAGUGUAACCGAUUUACAAGGGUUGCUGACAGUAAGCCUUCAUUUACAUAAGUACCUUUUAUUUGUGACACUCCAGCUCGUAGCAACAUCUGGUAUGUCGUUGGACACGAUGGUACAGCUGGUUGUGACAUGUGGUGCAUGCUACUUAUAUCGAUGUAAGUAGUAUACCACGCGAGUUAAAAACGCAAUGUCUGGCAGCAGAAGAUGGGGGAGAUCAAGAAAGGAAGAGCGACAACACAAUGCAAUUUGUAAGGAAACGCAUGAACAAUGAAAUGUGAGAUAAUGGAUUGAUGUUUGCAACAGUAACGAUCCAGGUUGAUAUGAUGCAUCGAUAUUUUGCAAAUUAACGAUUUACUAUAUGGUUUUUCUAUUUUAUCAAGUAACUCUCUAAUUUUGUGCUAAAUACAAUUCGGUUGUUUU